AUGGUAUACGGGGGCAAGCCUAGUACAGGCUGCUACCUGUGUCGCAACCGGAAGAUUAAGUGUGACGAAGCCCAUCCUGGAUGCCGCAACUGCGCUGUCUACGGACGACCGUGUCCCGGUUACAGGCCAGACACGAUCUUCAGAAUUGAGACGGGUAAAGCAAAAGGGUCUCGGAAAGGCAGCAAGCCUCCCUCCGCUCGCAGUAUCCGUGAGAUAAAUCUAGGCGACCAACAACGCACGUCAUCUGUGUCCGUCUAUCGAUUGUCCGAUUCUCCUUGGAAGGAACGGGCAGUGUGCUAUUUCUUCGACCAGUACACGUCCUGUGACAAGCCCGAUGGUGGUAGCCAUUUGGGAUUUAUCCCGACCUUGUAUGCGGGCUGUGGUCAAGACGCCACACAACCAGCUGCAUGUCUGCGUUUCGCGGUUGAUGCUGCAGCCUUGCUCACUCUGGGUAAUCAGGUCAAGGCGUCAUCGCUGGUCACGCAAGCGAGGCAAAGGGUUGCCCUGUCGGUGCAAAGAUUGCGCCAGGCAUUGGACUCGCCCGUCGAACGGGUGACAGACAAUACCUUUGCAGCCAUGGUUAUUCUUGCUCUCUUCGAGGAUAUUUCAGGAGAACGGAAUGGGCUUGCUAGCUCCCAUACUGUGGGCUUUGAGGCCCUCAUGAAGCUGAGAGGCGAGAGUUUACUCAAUGAGCAGGGGCUGGAUUUGUUCAAAUUUGCCUAUGUUCAUACGCGCAUCGAGGCUCUGCUUCUACGGCAGAAACCACGGUUCAAUACGCAAGACCUCAUCAUGCGACUCAAUCCUACUGACCCCUUGCAACGCCUGAUGAUGAUCGUGAACCAGCUUGAUCCAGUGUCCCUCGAAAUUCCCUUCACAGCAGACGCCAUCGAUCCUGCUAUCAUUACUACUCUUGCCUCGAGGAUUGAGUUUUGUAGGACUUUGGAUUCGGAAUUGGCUGCUUGGAGCCAGAGCCUGCCGACAAGUUGGCUUCCUCACGCUUGCCAUUCACAUAGCGGCGAGGAUGUCCUGACGUACCAAGGGAAAUUCUUAGCGUCGACGUGGUCCCACUACCAUGCUGUUCGCAUAUUGCUGCAACUGACAUUACUUGAUCUACUCCAAAAUCUUGCCUCCAUCGUGUCAUCGAACGGGAUUCAGCGAGAGGCAAUCCGACAAGAAGCGGAGGGAUCACGGUUGAUCCAGAGCUUCAUCAGCGAUACGUGCCGCGCGCUUUCAUUCUCCUUCGGGGAGAUCGAUCAGCUAGGCAACCCGUUAAUAUCGCAGGGGGCAUCUCAGAUCCGAGCGUUUAAUGUCUACCAUAUGAUUUGGCCUCUGUGGUACAUCUUGACGUGCGGUCAUGCGACUCCUCCCCAGGCCCAGAAAAUCCGGCGGGCGCUCGCAGAAAAGGGUUCCGAGGCCGGGAUCAAGUUGGCAGUUGUGCUUGCUGGCGUAGGGAGUUGGGAGACGGUGCCUUCUAUGCUAGGAUCUAUUUCGCCGAGUGGUGAGGGGCACACUGUACUGACUGACGCGGGUGUACAGGAUUGA